AUGGCUGGUUUGAAAAUGGCGGAUAUUGAUCAAUGGGAAGUGAACGAGGCAUUUUCCGUGGUUGCUUUGGCUUUUAUAAAGCAAGUUGGAUGCGACGCUGGAAAGGUUAAUCCCCAUGGCGGAGCUGUAUCGCUAGGACAUCCUAUCGGGUUUGUUUCAUCACAUUUCGUCACAAUCCGGACUUAUUUAAAUGUGUAUCUUUCUUCCUUCUAGAA